AAUCCUAACACACGAACGGUUAGGAAUUUGAACCCGGAAGUGUUUUGUACUUAAAACUUGCACGUUGGCUUUCUCUUUGGAAAAGUAGUUGAUAAUGAUAGGAGUGCAUCUUUAGGUUUUAAAUAUAUGCUGACACGGUCGAGAAUGUAUAUAUAAGUCUAAUGGCAUACUCUAAAGUUGAAGAGAAUGUUGACGAUUUGCAGUCUCAAAUUGAAGAGGUUGAAGCGCUAUCUUCCAUUUAUGGGGAUGAGUGGUGUGUUAUUGAUGAGGCAUCCAGAAUAUUCUGCAUUCAAAUAUCAAACAGCUUAGAAGAAGAACCCAAGCUGACCACAUGUUUACAGAUCAUUCUCCCACCUGAUUAUCCCAGUGCAUCUCCCCCCAUCUACCAGAUCAAUGCGGCGUGGCUGCGAGGCCCUGAGAGGGCCAAAUUGGCCAACAGCCUAGAAGACCUUUAUGUGGAACAUAUGGGGGAGAGCAUCCUCUACCUGUGGGUGGAGAAAAUUAGAGAAUUCCUGGUGGAGAGAGCCCAGUGCUCAGAAACAGUGAUUCAACAAGAAAAAGUGAACUUGACGGCAGAAAGCGAGGAAACUGGUGACAACGACGACGACCUGCCUGACUUCAGCGCGCUGAAACUAACUAAGGAAAACACACAACUCUUCGUGGAUUAUUCAAAUGAUGAAGAGCUGCCGCCCAUAAAGCAUGGCAGCACCAUCACAGACCGACGCAGCACCUUCCAGCCUCAUUUAGCCCCUGUGGUGACACCCCGACAGGUGAAAUUGGUGCUGGAAAAGCUGUAUGAAAACAAAAAGAUUGCAAGUGCCACGCAUAAUAUUUAUGCAUACAGGAUUUACUGCGAGGACAAGCACAGCUUCAUGCAGGACUGUGAGGAUGAUGGAGAGACGGCUGCAGGAGGGAGGCUGCUGCAUUUACUGCAGAUUCUGGACGUGCGUAAUGUCAUGGUGGUCGUGUCUCGGUGGUAUGGAGGCAUUUUGUUGGGUCCAGACCGAUUUAAACACAUCAACAACUGUGCGAGGAAUAUCCUGCUGGAGGAGGGAUACGCUGCCUCUUUGGUGAGAUGCUCCCAUAGACAUCAGUGCAGUUUGCAAGUUACAAAAGUGUAUGAACCUGGACCUUUUAUAGCCCUCCUCCUCCCUUAGCAUAAUGUUAAAAGUAGACUGACAAAUUAUUAUAGUUCUCUGUUUAAUGGCAGGCAUCCUGUGGAUUCAUCAUAAUUAUUGUUAGAUUAAUUGUAAAGACUGUUACUCUGGGUAUUUGGAGUUCAAAUGUGUUAAAAUUGUAGACUAUUUAACAAAAAUAUUUUUUUUAUAUAUUUUAUAUUUAUAUUUUUUAACAGGCCUGCUUUUAAAUAUUUUGCAUAUAUUUAUAUAUAUAAUAUUUCAAAAAUACUGUAUCUUUUGGCCCAGUACUUAGCGUCCUACUCUGACUGUGCAGUUGUGUUGGUAAUAGGGCUUCAUUUGAAGUGUCCACAUGUUCAGGAGAUCAAACACUUCCUCCUGCUCUCAGCAGCUUGAAGUUACGUCCAGUCGGCUUUGAAGUUGUCUGUGUGAGAGACAAAGUUAUUUCACUGAUAACACGAUCGUCCUUUGAGCCGCUGUCACCGGUAGAUUAAAGGUACUGCAAAACUUCCCCUAAAAGUGUCCGAUUUCAAACCCUGAUCAAGUCACUGCAGGAGUCCACACAUCAUAUUUGUCCCAUCGUUAGAGGAAGGCGUCAUUCUAUUUCCUGAGAAGUGUUUUAAGUUUUGUGUUGUUUUUUUAAAAAUAUUCAUAGUGCUAUCAGGUCUAAAAUUAUAAAAACCUAUUAAAUAAUUUUGGACACUGCAGGUCAAUGCAUGUUCCAGGUGCAUUGGCUUUAAACGUUCUACUUUUAGAUAAUCAUUGACUGCCAUAUUACAUAUAAUGGACUCAAACUUAAGGACCUGAUAUUUAAUAGACAACAUUUAAGGAGGUCUGAGUGACCCAGAAACAGAAACAUCUGGUCGCAAAUGCUAAUAUUUGUUUUAAAGGUCAAUAUUAAUGACAUCUAAAGUGGAUAAAAAACAUUUUACAGACAGGCAACGAUUGUUUUAUAUUGACUUUAUAGCCGGUAUAAUAUUUAUUGCCUGAUGUUAAUUGCUAAAUGCUUUUUUUUUUCUUUCUUUUUUUUCAGAAAAACCAUCACUGAAUGUUUGUGGUAGAAAACAGAUUUUUAACAUCCUAACACAGUACCCUGUCAGAGAAGCUCGAUCAAAAUGUGAUGCCUAAUUGAUGCAGUAACAAAAUGUGUUCAUGUUGGCUACAGCCAGAGGGGAAAGUUUCAACUUCCAGACUAUAUAAUUAACAACUUGGCUGUAUGACAAUGAAUUUUUUAUUUCUACACUGUAGAAUGGUGAUGGAAUCAGAGAAUUAUCAUAGUUUGAGCUGGCAGCCUGGGUUGUCAGUGAUAAGAAGUAGGAGAUUGUUUUUUUUGUUUUGUUUUUUUAAAUUUUGCUUAUGAACGCGGUGUUCAUUGCUGUUCUAUGAAGACAUUAAAACUGUGUGGUGCAUGCCACUCAACACUUUUCGAAAUUGAAUUUCCUUGUUUAGAAAAGCAAGGAGACACAGCAGGAGAUCAGGCAGAAAGUGUACGGCAGCCUGUGUCUAAAGACAAUGUUUUUCUUCAAAUAGAGUGUAAAUGUUAAUGCUAUUGAGCUUUUUCCCUUCUCUAAUAUAUUUCUCUUUUUUCCCAAAGGAUGAGGCCGCCAAAGGAGCAAAGAGCAAAAAACCCAAAAGCAAGAAAACCAAGUGAUUAAAAUAAUAAUAAUAAUUUGACUUGAUUCAACAACAUUACUUAUUGCUUAUUACCUUUUCAGUUUUAAUUUAAUUUAUACUUAUACUAACAGUCAAAUGUUGUUCUCAGUGAAAUAACCAGCAGCAGGGUCUGUGCUCACACUGUGACAUUGAUGCAGCGUUUCUUGACAUUUAUUUGUCUUGUUACGAUUAUUAUGCCACUCUAGCAUAUGAAGAUCUUCUCCAAUCAUUCUGAAGUCUACCUCAACCCCGUCUCCACACUGAUGCAAUCUUUCCCUGUGGCUCACUUUGAAUCUCAAUAAACGUCACACACCAUUAUUUUUGCAUUUCUAAGAUUACAGGUCAGACAUGACAGACACAAUAAAUACUUUGCUUAAACACA